CCAGAGCUUAGAACUCAUCGAUUGUUGCAUCUCGAAUUACAUUGAAGCAAGCUAAGAUGGCUUCCAUACCAGUGAUUAUUAAACACCAGGGCAAACGCCACGAGGUCGAGCUCGAUCCUUCCCUGAACGGUGAAACACUGAAGUACCAGCUCUUCUCCCUUACCGGCGUCGAACCCGAGCGACAGAAGAUAUUGGUUAAGGGUGGUCAACUGAAGGAUGAGACUCCAUUGUCUUCUCUCAACGCCAAACCAGGGCAAACGUUCAUGAUGAUGGGCACACCAUCUGGUAACCAGGGCGUUGCCGACUUGGGCCGACCAAAGGAAGUGUUGAAGUUCUUGGAAGACAUGACGGAAGCAGAGGCUGCCAAGGCCGAGGGUGCAACUCCUGCUGGUCUACAGAACCUUGGCAAUACUUGCUACCUCAACUCCACUCUUCAGGCUCUGAGGGGCGUUCCCGAGCUUCAGGAGGAAUUGCUAAGGUAUCGACCCGCUGCGGGCUUUAGCGGGGGCUCCAGUCUUGCAGGACUUAGUAGCCUCGGUCUAGGAGGUCUGGGUGCUUCGACCGAUCUUACUGCUUCUCUUCGGGAUUUGUUCAAGCAGAUGUCUGAGACGCAGGAAGGCUUCCCGCCACUUAUGUUCCUUAAUGCACUGAGAAAUGCCUACCCGCAGUUUGCUCAAAGAGACCGGAAUGGACAUGGAUAUGCUCAACAAGAUGCUGAAGAGGCUUGGUCACAGAUCGUGACACAGCUCAGGAACAAGCUGGUUAUCAAAGAAGGUGAAGGGGAGUCUGCGACGGAGGUGUCGUUUGUGGAUAAGUAUCUUGCUGGACGAUUUGAGUCGGUGACGGAAUGCGACGACUCCGCAGCCAAGGAGGUUGGCGAGAAGCCCACUGAGAGUACGGAUGUGUUUUACAAGCUCGACUGCCAUAUUGGCAAGGAAACAAAUCACCUGAGCGACGGAAUCAUGGCCGGUCUCGAGGAAAAGAUCGAGAAGCACUCCCCAACUCUGGACCGCGAUGCCGUCUACACAAAGCGCUCUCGCAUAGCGCGCUUGCCCAAGUAUCUCACCGUGCAUUUUGUCCGAUUCUUCUGGAAGCGCGAAACCCAGAAGAAGGCCAAGAUCAUGCGGAAAGUUACAUUUCCCCACGAGCUUGACGUGGUUGACUUUUGUACCGAGGAGCUGAAAAAACAGCUUAUUCCUGUCAGGGACAAGGUUCGAGAGAUCCGCAAGGAGGAGGUGGAUGUUGAACGGGCUCGCAAGCGCCAGAAGCUUGCUCAUCGCCAAGAAGAGGACAGGAAGGAAGAAGGCGAAUCCUCCAGCAUGGAGCCCAUGCAGAAGAAGAAAGCAGCCGAAGAGCGCAAGGAAGAUAAGGAUGAAGCCAUGACCGACGUAUUCAAGACCGACGCCGAAUACGAGGCCGAGAAAACCGCAUCGAUCCUUGCUGCCAAGAAGGAAUUAUCCGCAUUGAUCGAUCAGAAGCUUGCGGCUGAUGCUGGAGCCAACACAACUGGUCUUUACGAGCUUCGUGGUGUGAUCACCCACCAGGGUGCCAGCGCUGAUAGUGGUCACUAUACAGCUUAUGUGAAGAAGCAGGACAAGGACAAUUCUGGCAGCGCUGAAGGCAAGUGGUGGUGGUUCAAUGACGAGAAGGUAACCGAAGUGGAUGGAGAGAAGAUCGAGACUCUCGCUGGUGGUGGUGAAUCUCACUCUGCUUUGAUCCUCCUGUACCGUGCAGUGGAAAUGCCUCGUGAGGACUGAGCAGUCUCGCCGCAGCAGGAUAUAAUGAUUGAUGCGAUAACUACACCUUCAUAGAUGACGAACUGAAUUGAUACUUAGCUUGGCUGCUCACCAGAGCAGAAUACAUUAC